AUGACAAAAAAGGAUCUUCGCUUAGUUUUCUUGCAUGAUUUCAAGCACAAUGCCUCUCAAACUGCUGCCAAUAUUAAUAGAGCAUGGGGAGAGGCGUGGAUAAGUGAUCGCACAGUACGAAGGUGGUUUCAGAAAUCCCGUAAUGGUGAUGAGAGCCUUGAAGAUGAAGAAGGUAGAGGACGGUCAUGCAAUCUUGACAAUGAACAAUUGAAAGCAAUUGUCGGACAAAACCAACUUCAAAGUAUUGGAGAAAUGUUUCAGGCACUUGCUGUCGGUAUUGCAACGGUCUCACGCAAUCUGCAGAAGAUUGAAUAA